CUACAUCACAACUCCUUCCAACCAAGUUUCCCUUCGAAUUGGGGAGUCAUGCCACAAUCCUUCAAUUAUUCCAGGAUUUUAAGCCAUAAUACCUUUAUUUUUUCAUAUUUUUCCAAACGUUUGCCCAAAAAUGCAGGACGACUACGCAGCCUUCAGAUCCUGAUUUUGGACACCAAUGACUUGCAUCAGCUGCCUGAUGAAAUCGGACAACUUCACCUGCUUGAGAAGCUUUAUCUUUCCAAUAACCUCCUCAGCCAACUUCCCCCCAAUUUCAGUCAACUGCAGAGACUGAAAUGCUUGCACUUGGCAAACAACCUGUUCUCCCACUUCCCAGAAUCUAUUUUGCAGAUUUCGCUACUCAUCUUCCUUGAUCUCUCUAGCAACCAAUUGACCAGUCUUCCUAGAGCCGUGACCGAGCUUAGAUCGCUCCAGGCCCUGAUGCUGACUGACAAUAGGCUGGAGGAGCUGCCUGACGGCAUGGAGUCAUUGCAACAGCUACGAGUGCUUUGGCUAGGCAACAACUUGCUCACCCAACUCCCCAGUGGGCUAUCUCAGCUACAACAACUUAAUUGGGCAGCUCAUACAUGCCCCAGGGCCACGCUGGACGGAAACCCACUUCGGCAUCCACCUCUAGAGGUUAACAAAUUUUUUAGCAUCGCCACUCCUAUAUCUAGAUCAAUCUAUUUGCAUACAGGUAUAUGGGCCAAUAUACUGCCUUAA